CGCAAUCUUGCCAAUUGCCUUGCAACAUGCUUACCCUACCAUCCUUCAAGCUUCCCUUCUUCAAAUCCGAUUCAAAUCAAAACUACCCGAAGAUUGAUCUCCCACCCGUUGAAAUCCAUGACGUUGAGACCGCAGCCGAGAGACGAGCCCGAACACUCAAGCACCUCCUCAAAGCGAAUCACGCCAACCACUCCAUCAUUUAUCACCAGCUCCGCUUCCACAACCAUGCACCGCAUAUUCUGGGCUCGGCAUACAUCCUUGGAGGAACCCAUGAGCACCUGAACGAUAUCUAUGAAAGCGAAGCACAGGAGCUAGAACCAUGGCAUGAUUCCCCCGGCGAGAUAACCCUGGAUGACUGGAAGGACUUCUUGGGGAAGAGGGAGUAUCAACGUGCCUUCGUAGACUUUUUCGAGGACCAGCUAGUCACCAAGCGGUACGACUGGAAACUUCUGCUAGACGAAUACUUGUACGAAGGAAAGGAGCCAUUGAUUAAUGGACUAGUCUCGGGGCUCGGCCAUCCCCUCAUCCACUUGGGCUAUGCCUACGAACUGAAUUCGCGGACCGUUGCCAUUGAAGCUCUCGCACUCGGAACUUGCUUUUACAGCCCCCUCCACAAGUACUUGGACAACCCGUCAUACACCAAACCUAGUACCUGGCACUCAGCAUCGCUCAUUGGGAUACUCCAGAGGGUGAGAGAUGACAAGAGGUUUGAUGGACUCUACGACCAUCGCAGCGGAGACAUAAGCAAGGUGCUAGAGAAACGCGAAGAAGCUUUCUUGGAGUAUUGGAACACCUGGGAUCUCUCCAAUCCCAAAGAGCAAUUCGAGGAAUCACAGAAGACGGCGGUGGCCUUGUUCGUGGGUACGGAUCUUCCUGAGAAGGCCAAGUUCGAUUUCUUUCUCGUGCAUCUCUUGACCUCGUCCCACGCCGUUCGAAUCCUGCUUCCACUGGUCCCGGCUAAGUAUCAUAUCAAUCUCGUCCGACAAUGGUGGUUGUUCACGCUCGCUGUGUACAUUGCUCAAGUACGACCAGAAAUCAAACUAGAUAUGAUCUCAGACUACGAUCUGAAAGGAAGAAGUUGGAAUUUCGUCGUAGACAAGGCGCUCCGGUCAGCACACUCGGUCGAUGCGCACUUUGUGAAAGCAUUGCGGUCGAUGAAGGUAGCAGCAGAAACAUGGGGCGAUGAUUCCCAGUUUUAUGUCAAAGCUGCGGUGAAAGUUGCAGACGAAUUCGAGCACUGGGGAGGCUUUGGAACUGCUGAUGAUGUCAAAUACUACUACCCUGAAAGCCAGCAAUGUACAUGGUAGGUUGAUAAGAUAGAACGAAGUACUAAAUGAUAUGACGACGUUAUGAGCAAGCGAUCGACUGUGAUGUUUCAGGUUGUGUCUGGGCGAGUCUGAUUUUGUGUUUUGGAUAAAUAUCUCAAGGUGUCUGGCAGCCAGUCGUCACGACCUCCAAA